AUGCAUUGUGCUCUUGCAAUCCUACUGGCUACAGGAGAGAAAUCGCUGUACACAGAUCGUCUAGUUAUCACCAAUGAUGCAACAUCAAAUUCACACUAUGGCGUGUACAGUCCCCGAGGAAAAGGGUUUCCUGAACCAAGUGCAGACUCAGCUAUUUUUAUGACUAAGAGCAAUGUGAAAAUCAAUGGCACACACGUCAAGGCUUAUUGCUCCCUCAGUAUUCCAGGUCACGAGAUAGCUGAGAAAAUGGCCAACGGUUUGACUAAUAUUACCAAACACGCCCAUCGAAAUUUUGGCACCACUCCCCAGGCAGAAGAGGAGUGUAUGAAUUCAAUUAAAUCUCUGUCCAAGAGGCUCUUUUUUACGAAUCCAGUUAGCAUGAAAUCUGCAAAAGAAAGUGAUAGCUGCUCUCCUGCGCUGAUAACCAGUCUAGCCUAUCAAGACAAGUUUAAAGUGCGACAAGGCUCGGUCGUUUUGAACUUUCCUUUUAUUAAGAGAACUAUCUCUGUUGUGCCGGAUGAUGAUAUACCCAUGGAAAAUGUUGUCUAUGGUGGUAGCUAUUUCGAGGGAAACGUCUCUAGUCCCAAACAAGUACUAGCAUGGUACCUCGGUCAUCCGCACAUAUUUACGCGAGAUGAGGCAGACGAAUGGCAGGCCAUCACAAACGUUGGAAAAGAAUCGGAAAAUGGAGCGAUCAUCACCAAAUUUCUGUGGAAUAACGUCGGUCAGCUUUCAUAUCUCCGAAACUUUGUGGGCAACGUGACAACUUCGAGUGACCAGAAAACUGUCUUAGACCCGACCUACUCCACGGAUUGCCUCGACACUAAAGUUCAAGAAGAAGUUGCUGCUGAUAAAGUUCGCAAGAUUUUCAUUAAAAACCUCAGCACAAAACCUGCCAUUUGCUCGCUUGCCCUAAAAAAAUUGGGGACUUUAAAUUAA